UUGUUGCUGUUGCUCGUCGCCGUCGUGGACGUGCCGCAAAGCCUAGGAUUGAAGCCUGGACUUCGUGCCGUUGAUUUGGAAAGCAAGGAACCUGCGGUGGAAUCUGGGUUCUUCUCCAGAACUCUUAGCUGGAGAAAUUCAACAGUGGGCGGCCACCCAUGGCAGGUCUCCCUAAAGUUAGGCGAGCACCACUUCUGUGGAGGAAGCUUGAUUGAAGACGAUCAGGUGGUUACAGCAGCGCACUGCCUGGCUAGCCUCAAUGAGAAGCAACUUAAGGGUCUAACUGUGACUUCUGGAGAGUACAGCCUCCUUCAGAAAGAUAAGCAAGAACAGAAUAUUCCUGUCUCAGAAAUUAUUAUCCAUCCUGAGUACAACAGGCUUGGAUAUAUGAGUGCUGAUAUUGCACUGCUGUAUCUAAAACACAAAGUGAAGUUUGGAACUGCUGUUAAACCAAUCUGUCUUCCCAACAGAGAGGAUAAACUUAAAGCAGGGAUUCUUUGUAUGGCCAGUGGAUGGGGCAAGAUUUCAGAGAUGUCAGACUAUUCCAAUGUCCUACAGGAAGUGGAACUUACCGUCAUGGAUGACAGAACGUGUAAUACUGUGCUCAAGAGUAUGAACCUCCCUCCUCUGGAAAGGACCAUGAUGUGUGCUGUUUCUCCUGGUGGGGGAAUGGAUGCCUGCCAGCGUGACUCUGGAGGACCACUGGUGUGCAGAAGAGGUGGUGGAAUCUGGAGUCUUGCUGGGAUAACUUCCUGGGUAGCUGGUUGUGCUGGAGGUUCAGCUCCUCUAAGAUACCACCAUAGGAAGGCAUCGCUUGGCAUUUUCUCCAAGGUGUUGGAGUUGAUGGAUUUUAUCACUCAAAACAUGAUCAGAGAUUUGGAUCGGGGCAAACCCUUCUCAAGAAUGAGUCAAAGGAGUGUGACAAAGGGCCUGAGUUCUGCCCAAGGUGUGCGUGGAAGCCAGAGAGGAAAGGAUUACAAACCUCAGGGGACAAUGUUAUUUGCAGAAAGUGGGAAGAUUCAUUACCCCUAUUCCAAAGAAGACAACUAUUCUCCUAAUAGCUUAUGUACCUGGAAAAUAAUAGUACCACAAGAUAAAAUCAUCCUGAUAAAAUUUACAAAUUUAGACAUAGAAAAUCAAGUUGGGUGUGAUCAUGAUUUUGUAUCUUUACAAUCAAGCACUGGAAUGCUAAUUAGUAAGGUCUGUGGGGAUACACUGCCCUCACCAUUGCUGACAGAGACCAGUGAGGCCACAGGUACGUUUGUUUCUGAUACAGAAAACAGGGGCAGCGGAUUUGAGCUUACCUGUACUGCUGUACAGAAUUCAGAAGCAGGUUCAGGUUAUUGGAGUGUGGCUGUAUUGGCAGAAGAAGGGACAAUUCACUCUGCCAGUUGUCCUGACUCAUAUCCCUGCAGUGUACAGUGUCAUCGGUUCAUUCGUGCUCCAGAGAAACACGUUAUAAAGUUGACCUUUGAGGACUUUACUGUUGAAUUUAAUCCAAACCAUAUUUAUGAGGCGGUUGUGAUUUAUGGUGAUUCCAAAGAAGAACCUGAGUUAGCUAAACUUUGUGGAAUCUUGAACAUCACUCCGCUAUUCAGUCCUAAUAACAUGAUGCUGACACAUUUUACAAAUGAUGGUGAAAAUAAUAGAGGCUUCAAGGCUAGAAUCACCUUUUUGCUCUCAGACACUUCAAAUGAAAUUGAACUGACAUCACCUCCCAAAACCAAUCCUGUAUCUGCUGCAAAAGCUAUUCCAUAUGGUGUUUGUGGCAUUCCUCCAUUUAGUCCCCAGUGGCUUUCCAGAAGAAUUGCAGGAGGGGAAGAAGCCUGCCCCCACUGUUGGCCAUGGCAGGUGGGUCUAAGGUUUCUAGGAGAGCACCAGUGUGGAGGUGCCAUCAUUAGGCCAACUUGGAUUCUGACUGCAGCCCACUGUGUGCAAUCGAAAAAUAAUCCACUCUCUUGGACUAUUAUUGCUGGGGACCAUGAUAGAACCCUGAAGGAAUCAACUGAGCAGGUGAGAAGGGCCAAACGCAUAGUGGUGCAUGAAGACUUUAAUAUUCUGAGCUAUGACUCUGACAUCGCCCUCAUACAGCUGAGCUCUCCAUUGGAGUACAACUCAGCAGUGAGGCCGGUGUGUCUCCCACAUGGCCCAGAGCCUCUGUUUUCCUUGGAGAUCUGUGCUGUGACCGGAUGGGGAAGCAUCAGUAAAGAUGGUGGCCUAGCACGUCGCUUACAGCAAAUUCAAGUGUCUGUGUUAGAAAGAGAGGUCUGUGAACACACUUACUAUUCUGCUCACCCCGGAGAGAUCACAGAGAAGAUGAUCUGUGCUGGCUUUGCUGCAUCUGAAGGGAAAGAUUUCUGCCAGAAGCAGACUCGGAGACAAAGACUCAAGUGUAAUGAUCUGUUUUAG